UUUGCUUUCUGGCUUCGCAGGACAAGCAGUCUUAGCUUGUAAGCUUGCAUGAUAGUAUAGUUCUAUUACUUUAUUGGGCGUACUUGUUCAAGGUAGAUAGUGUACUGACUUUCUAUGUCUUGAAUUUAUCCAAUCCACUCAGGGAGUCUGAUCCAGAUAAGACGGAGCUCCCGCCUCAACAUGGGAGAUUACACCUUCUUCUUCUACGGCACAUUAAUGGCGCCCGCUAUUCUUCACCGCAUAAUCCACGGCUCCUCAACACCCGAAGUGUGGCAGAAAUCCCUUAUUAUCAGUCGCCCAGCACUUCUCCCUGGUUACCGGCGAUACCGCGUGCACAACGCCGACUACCCAGCCCUAACGCCUUCUGACUCGGCGGACUCGCCUCCGGUACUGGGUACUAUUGUUACUGGUAUUACAGAAGGCGACAUCUACCGCCUCGACCGGUUCGAAGGAUCCGAAUACGAGAAGUGUUCUGUGCGAGUCAAGGUCCUAAGGGGGGCAGCCCAGACCAAGUGCGGCGAAGAAGGGGAUGGGAGUUUGCAGCACGCGCUGGAGAAGACUGCCAAUGCGGGGUGUGAUGAGAGUGCCUUUAGGGAGAUGGAGGAAGUCGAGGCUAUGACGUACGUGUGGAAGGAUGGCAAGGAGAGGCUGGAUGUGGACCAGGAGUGGGAUUAUGAGCAUUUCAAAAAGGAGAAAAUGCAGUGGUGGGUUGAGGCAGAUGAGAGUGAGUUGUAGUUGUAUAUUUUCCUGCUGGUAUAUCCAAUGUUUGAGUGGUGUAGGAUUUGCUUUGAAUAGAUGAUUAAUUGAAGAGAUGUUUGGUAUA